GACACAUAGAUAGAAAAGUGUUGUCAUUCACACAGCAAAGCAGUGCUUACCUGUGUGUAUGUAUGUAUGUAUGUUCCUGUCUUUUUCCAAUCUUUGACCAAAACCAAACAAGAACAAGAACAAGCCUUACCAGAAUCACCUUUCGGCGCUCUUUUUCUUUAACCCCAUUUUUCUCAUUCUUUUUCAUUUUUUUACCAGCUUCAACAACCACCACCAUACAUGUUUUAUUUUUUAUUUUUUUAUUUUUGUACUCAUUAUUACCUACACUACAUUCAAAAAACCCCAAACUAGUACUAUAUCUUAAUUUAUUAUUAUCACCUUAAAAUUAACAAAUUUUUACUGUUUUUUUUUUUUUUUUUUUAUGCUAUUAUUAUUGUUAAUGUUUGUUGUGUUACUACUGAAGAAAACUGAACUUGCUUUUUAGCUUCAUCUCCAAUUCAUCACUCAAAUCUAGUUUAACAACAACGACCCUUUUCAGGUGAAAUCAAGCCCACUAAUGCAUGCACACACUACUGCUGGAGCUUGACUAAUCAUCUUCUAUGCUGUGUUUUGUAGCAGAAAAUAUGGGCUUACUCUGUAGCAAAAGUCGCCGUUAUAAUGAUGCCAACACUGAAGAAAAUGCACAGACUGCAGAAAUUGAAAGAAGAAUAGAGUUAGAAACAAAGGCUGAAAAGCAUAUUCAGAAACUUCUACUACUAGGAGCUGGAGAGUCGGGGAAGUCCACUAUAUUUAAGCAGAUAAAACUUUUAUUUCAAACUGGCUUUGAUGAGGCAGAGCUAAAAAGCUACCUACCAGUCAUUCAUGCUAAUGUCUAUCAGACAAUAAAAUUACUUCAUGACGGAUCGAAAGAGUUUGCCCAGAAUGAUGUUGAUUUUUCGAAGUAUGUUAUAUCCGGUGAAAAUAAGGACAUUGGCGAAAAGUUAUCAGAAAUUGGAGGCAGGCUUGAUUACCCCCGUCUCACUAAGGAACUUGCUCAAGAAAUAGAGUGUCUGUGGAAAGAUCCUGCAAUUCAGGAAACAUAUUCCCGUGGUAAUGAGCUCCAAGUUCCAGAUUGUACCCAUUAUUUCAUGGAAAAUUUGCAGAGGCUGUCUGAUGCUAAUUAUGUUCCAACAAAGGAGGAUGUGUUGCUGGCAAGAGUUCGUACCACUGGUGUUGUAGAGAUUCAGUUCAGCCCUGUUGGAGAAAACAAGAAAAGUGGUGAAGUCUAUAGACUGUUUGAUGUCGGUGGCCAGAGAAAUGAGAGGAGGAAAUGGAUCCAUCUGUUUGAAGGAGUUUCAGCUGUAAUAUUCUGUGUUGCAAUUAGCGAGUAUGAUCAAACACUUUUUGAGGAUGAAAACAAGAACAGAAUGAUGGAGACAAAAGAACUUUUUGAGUGGGUCCUGAAGCAACAAUGUUUUGAGAAAACAUCCUUCAUGCUAUUUUUGAACAAGUUUGACAUAUUUGAGAAGAAGAUCCUGGAUGUCCCACUUAAUGUAUGUGAGUGGUUCAAAGACUACCAGCCAGUGUCAACCGGGAAACAAGAGAUUGAACAUGCAUACGAGUUUGUGAAGAAAAAAUUUGAGGAAUCAUAUUUCCAGAACACUGCUCCGGAUAGCGUAGACCGCGUGUUUAAGAUAUAUAGGACCACUGCACUUGAUCAGAAGGUUGUGAAGAAGACAUUCAAGCUUGUUGAUGAGACUUUGAGACGGAGGAAUCUCUUUGAGGCUGGCUUGUUAUGA